AUGGUGAAGCGCAAAGUUGACGUGAUCAACGGGGACGAAGUUCCGUCAAACAAUGGACCUGCACGCAUGGCUAAAUCCCCUCGCCCUGGUGAACGCUCGAGACCUGAUGGUUCUAGCUUGGGUUAUAUUAUUGACGACCCGGCUGCAACUUUGAACCUCCAUAAUACCAGUACAGGCCAGAGGUUUGGUCAAGCGGCAGACUUUAUUCCAUUGACACAAUUUGGCGGUGAAGAUGAAGAUGAAGAAGCGGCAAAUGCCGUCGAAGGAACGCAAGGGGGUGACGAUUCCUCUCUGGUGAGCACCGUGCUUUACGGCGUUGUAGCUGCAAAAAUUGUAGGUGUGCGCUUCUACACAGGCCAUGCCAACCCCAAAGAACGAGUCAUUCUCAAGCGGGAGCCUACCAAUCAAUAUGACCGCAAUGCCAUUCGUGUGGAUAACGUCAUGGGUGCGCAGAUUGGCCACAUUCCGCGAGAAAUGGCUGCCAAACUGGCACCAUACAUGGAUGCACAAGAUCUUGUUGUUGAAGGCGAAUUGACUGGAGUAAUUGGAAAUUUUACUUGUCCUGUGGCUCUGAAGAUUUUUGGGACUGCGGAGCCCGUUCAGCGUUCAGCUCUCAAGAAGAGAAUGCAGGACGACAGGCUCCCUGUGCAGCACAUCACCAAGGCGGAGCGCGAAGAAGCCAAGAAGAAGAAGGAAACCGAGAAAAGACUGAUGCAGGAGGCAAAACAAGCUCGUGCAAUGGCUCUUGGCAGAGCGACAGCCGAAUGGCAGGCCAAGGAGAAGUCCGAGUUUUCGAACCUCUCUACCCCACUGGGAUUCAGCGAAGUGGAGCAAGAGAACUUGGAAAAUCUCAUCAAUCAGAGCAAAACCUUCAAUCCGCGAGAUAUUGGCCAGGUUGUAGAAACAUUCGGACAGAAGGAAUCCGACCUAGCUAAGAUGCCCAUGGUGGAUACACCAGCUGGUCUUUCUACACAACUGCUCCCAUAUCAGCGUCAGGGACUCGCCUGGAUGAUCAAGCAAGAGUCGCCCGCUCUUCCAACGCAUGGAUCAGAGCGCAUCGUUCAACUGUGGAAGCGAAACAGCCAGGGCUUCGUCAAUGUCGCAACGAACUAUUCAAUGUCGGAGGAUCCACCCCUCGCCAGUGGUGGUAUCCUAGCAGAUGAUAUGGGACUUGGAAAGACGAUCCAGGUCAUCUCAUUGAUCAUGGCGAAUGCUGCACCUUUGAAUGCAGGAUCCUCCAAGUCCACCCUGAUUGUUGCGCCAGUCGGUGUCAUGAGCAACUGGAGAAAUCAGAUCAAAGAUCACGCCAAGUCUGACUGUGCUCCAAGUGUGUUGAUAUACCACGGCUCUGGCAAGAAGGAGGCUGGCAAUCUGGCCAACUAUGAUGUUGUCGUCACCAGCUACAAUGCACUGGCCUCUGAGUUCAAAAAUAGUGCCAAGAAGCCACCUGCUCAGGGAAUCUUCUCGCUUCAUUGGCGCCGGGUUGUGCUGGAUGAAGGCCAUACUAUUCGAAACCCCCUUGCGAAGUCUUCCGAGGCGGCUUGUGGUUUGCGUGCUGGAUCUCGCUGGUCCCUGACCGGUACUCCUAUCAUAAACAGCCUCAAGGAUCUGUAUUCCCAAGUUCGCUUCUUGGGGCUUUCCGGUGGACUGGGAGAUCGGGGCAUGUUCAACGCUGUCUUGAGCCGACCCUUGACCCAGGGAGACCCCGAGGCUCGAAUGCUUCUUGAGGCUCUCAUGGGGACCAUCUGCUUGCGUCGGAGAAAGGAUAUGGGUUUCAUUAAUCUAAAGCUGCCAGAUAUGACAUCUCGCCUGAUUAGAAUCAAAUUCAAAGCCCACGAACAGGAGAAAUACAGUGCAUUCCAGAAAGAGGCCCAAGGCGCUUUGUUGGACUUUAAGGACAAAGAGGGCAACACGAAGUAUUCCCAUCUAUUGGAGGUCAUCCUGCGUCUUCGUCAGGUCUGUAACCACUGGGCGUUGUGCAAGAGCCGCAUCGACAAGCUUCUGAACGUUCUGGACGAACACAAGAUUGUUCCUUUGACAUCAGAGAAUAUCAAGGCCCUGCAAGACAUGCUGCACCUCCAAAUCGAAAGCCAAGAGCCGUGUCCAAUCUGUUUGGACAACCUCGACCAGCCCGUCAUAACAGCUUGUGCCCAUGCCUACUGUCGUGGCUGCAUCGAGCAGGUCAUCGAACGCCAACACAAGUGUCCCCUUUGUCGUGCCGAUAUAAAAGACAACACAGUACUGGUCUCACCAGCUGCUGACCUAGGCGAAGAGGACGCUGUCGAAGCUGAUCCCGGCAGCCCAAGUAGCAAGAUUGAGACCAUCGUCAAGAUCCUCACAGCCCAGGGCCAAGCACCAGGUACCAAGACCGUAGUAUUCAGUCAGUGGACCUCAUUUUUGGACUUGAUCGAGCCACAGCUCCUGAACUAUGGUAUUAAGUAUGCCCGUGUAGACGGCAAGAUGCAAUCUUUGAAACGGGAUAACAGCAUCAACGCCUUCACCCACGACCCAGAUUGCGUCGUCCUGUUGGCAAGUCUGAGUGUAUGCAGUGUCGGUCUCAACCUCGUUGCAGCGAACCAGGUCAUCUUGUCCGACAGCUGGUGGGCACCGGCUAUCGAGGACCAAGCUGUGGAUCGUGUGUAUCGGCUUGGGCAGAAGCGAGAAACGACGGUCUGGCGUUUGGUCAUGGAGGAUAGCAUCGAGGAGCGAGUUCUAGCAAUUCAGGAACGAAAGAGGAGUCUCAUGCUGGCUGCGUUUCGUGAGACGGCGAAGAAGAAGGCUGAGGAUCGGGGUACGCGUGUUGCUGAUCUUGAGUCAUUGUUGCGGUAG